AUGCAUCGCUGGAUUUUACGGCCAGCAAUUGGUGCACGUGUGUGUCAAGUUACCACCCAGGCACGAUGCACCUUGAUCCGACAAGCCUCCUUAAAUUCUGCCAUUGGCCGCGGAAUUCGCAGGUCUGAGUACCGGCCAAGGGACUCAGAGUCUACAGAUGAUCGUCAAAGAUCGCGCCGUGACGAGACACGGACUCCGAGCAGGAGAUUCUCAGAAAGGCAAGAUUCCCGAGAACAAAGACCUUUCAGGGAGAGAAGAUUCUCGGACAAUCGUGGUUCCAAUGAAGACAGACCUCAACGGGAGAGGAGGUUCUCGGACAAUCGUGGUUUCAAUGAAGACAGACCUCAACGGGAGAGGAGGUUCUCUGAAAAUCGAGAUUCCAGAGAACAGAGACCUUACAGAGAGAGGGCAUUCCCUGAAGAUCGAGAUUCUAAGGAUCAGAGACCUCAUAGGGACAGAAAAUCCUUUGAUGAAGGUGAAUUCAUUCGGAGCGGCAAUUUCCGAGGUCUGCCCCUAGAGCACCAGGCUCGGGGGCAAUCAAGAUGGAAACAAGAGAACUCUUUCCCCGAUUCGAUGCCACCAAGACCGAGAUCCCCCACGACCAAAUCGCGAGCGCACCGAAUCACAGAAACCAUGCCAGAACGCGUCAAGGACAAUGUCAAAGUCCCCGACUCGAUUCCCUACACCACUCCGGCGUCCGAGUUCAUCUACGGUACGAGUGCGGUUGAGGCUGCCCUUCGAUGCAGUCGACGACAGCUUUACAAGCUUUACGUAUACCAGGCUGCCGGUGAGGAUCUCAGCCCAGCGAAGAUGGCUCUGCGCAAGCUGGCCUUGUCAAAGAAUAUUGCUAUCAAGAUGGCCUUUGCAGGGUGGGAUCGACUCUUGGACAAAAUGAGUGCUGGAAGACCGCAUAAUGGAUGCAUCCUGGAGGCAUCUCCUUUGCCCAAACUGCCUGUGCGGGCUUUGGCUGCCAUUCCCAGCGCGACUGAGAGUCAUUUCCAAGUGGAAUUGGCACCUCAAACACGAGAGGAAGCACUGGUCAACGGUACGGAUGAUCGCAUUCCAAUUAUUCAGCCUGAAUCAUCAACACGCGAAGAUAAAACUCCACGAUUCCCGGUGGCAUUGCUUCUUGACGGAGUCGUCGAUCCCGGUAACAUGGGUGCGAUCAUCAGAUCCGCGUAUUACCUUGGAGUCGAUGCGAUCAUUUUUGCGGGUCGCAAUUCGGCACCCCUUUCGCCUGUUACACUCAAAGCAUCUGCCGGCGCGGCGGAAAACAUGACGCUCCUUCAUGUCAAGAAUGAAGUUGAUUUCAUUCAGCGAUCGCAGGCCAAUGGCUGGCGAUUCUAUGCUGCCGACGCCCCAGGUCCAGAUGCUACACACAUCAGCCGAGUGGAGCCUGAUGGUGCUCGCAACAGCGGUGGUCUUCUCGCCACGCAAUCUCCAAGUGUCCUCAUGAUGGGCAGUGAAGGCUCCGGACUCAGCACGCAUAUCAAAUCGCAUGCGGAUGCCAUCGUCAGUAUCCCCGGCGCUCGACACAGCGCUGAUCUGGGUGUCCGAUCCGAUCCCGCACGCAUCGAUAGCUUGAACGUCAGUGUGGCUGCCGCCCUCCUGAUGGAAAUGUUCCUGCGCACCCCUCUUGUCCUAUCUGAGCCCCUCAAGAAGGUCAAGGAGAAGAUGUGGUGA